GAAGGGUCUUCUCCAGCACGUCACACUUGUGGAUCUUCCUGGAAACCGGGACCGUAACAAGACCAGAGACACAAUGUGGAAAAAGGUUGUUGGAAGUUGUUCUACUGUGUGGAUUGUGGCUGAGAUCAAUCGAGCAGCUUCUGAAAAAGAAUCCUGGGAGAUCCUGGAAGAAUCCUGCAGCCUCAUGGGAAAUGGUCGAGAGUGUCAGCAGAUUCAUUUGAUCUGCACCAAGUCUGAUAGUCUUGGAGGUUCAGAUGAUCAGUCAGCAGCUGAUGUUCGUGCUCUGAUACUAAAACAAAACGAGCAAGCCAAGAUAGACGUGAAGGCAGAAUUCAGCAAACUAAAAGACGUUAAGGAAUUCCUGCAAGAUCUCAACGACUGGCAGACAUGGAACUAUGUGUCUGGAGCUCUGGGGGUUCUCUCUCUGAUUCAGGCAGCCAGCAGCAGAGAGAGAGGAACAUCAAGCUGACAUAAAGACGGCUGUGUCCAUAGGACUUGAAGAGAAGCUGAGUCAUGAACUUGAUCAAGUCAGGGAACCCAUGGACCCUUAUGGCUUUUGAAAGAUGUCUCAGUGGGGGGGUUAAAACAUCAAAGAGUUCAUGUGAAGAAGUCUUAAAGUCGGUCCUUUAUCCUACAAAGAAAGGUGGUGCACUUCACAGGUCACUGAAGUGUGGAGUUGAGAAUGGUGGCAUCCACAAACCAAGAGAAGGGGAAUGAAGAAACAUCAACAUGAAGCUAACUUCAUGUUUGACUGACAGCAUUGAGGAGGAAUUGAAGAAGACCUUCCCAAAUGAAGGAGAAAGAGAACCAUUCAACGGGGUCAUCAAUACAUUUCCACUUGGCACAGAGGAGGAGAUGAGGAAGAAGGAGUGCGGAAAUGUCAAACUGCAGCUGACAUUUCUCAAGAGGUCAAAGACCCUAUUCAUUAGUCCAUGAUCAAACAUGUUUGUCCAGGCCAGGGAGACUGUAGUGGAAGGGUGAUCAAUAGAAUACAUAUUGAUCAGUCAGCAUAUUCAUAUACAUUGUACUGGAAUAACUCAAUAUGAGCUGGAGAUGGCUUUGAAGAAUGACCUGCAGCUGUAAAGCGGACCCUGUCCCAGUUCAUGAGGAAACUCUCAAGAUGACAAUAGAAUAUUCUGAUAUUGGGCAAAGUGCACCCC